AUGAUUGGACUUGGUGGCAUACUGCGCUGGGCGAUCCGCCCACUGGACAAGCUGUGGCUUGCGUCUGCCGCCGUGGUUGGCACGGCAAUGACGGCGCCGAUGGUGGUCUUGAACUCGAUGAAGCAUGGCCGCUCGCACGCCCUGUCGACGUUUGGGCUGUGGCAGUCGUGUGCUCAGGUUCCGUUCUUUGGGCGCUAUGCGUUUGCGGGCCUUGUGCACCUUGCCGCCCCAUACACGGCUUCCGUCAACCCCAUGCUGACCGUCAUGACCUCAGAUUACGCGGAAGGCUUCAUCUUGGAACGACCCUGGCUCCACAACCCGUUCAACAGCGUGCACGCCGUCGCCAUGACCAACCUCGGGGAGUUUGUGUCGGGCAUCUUGGUGACGUCGCAGAUUGAGCAGAUGACGCUGCACGGGGACUUCAAGAUCAGGGGCAUUGUCACCGGCCUCUCAACCACCUAUCACAAGAAG